CGCACGCACGCACACACCCCUUUUCAACUCUGGAAACACUAUCCAACACUUGGAGGAGCAUGUGUGGAAAUGCUCCUGCCGUCAGUGCUUUACCUGUGACUUCAGCACAACACGAGAGGAGGAUCGGAAGGAGAAAAACUCAUGUAGGACUGAAACAUGGGCUGGUCUGCUUCCAUCACAUUCUCACUCUUAAAAGACUGAAGGAUCUCCAGCGGAGCUCACAGCAUAUAUGAGGACCCGCGAUGCUCUGGACACCUCCGAACCUCCUGCAGACCAUCUCAAUCACUCCAACUUCUAACGCCGAGACAACUUCAGCACAAACAGCAUCUGAAUGUGCUCCAUCCUCAGAUAUGACAGCCCGUCAUGUUUGGACGUGUUCAGCGUUCAUGAAUUGUUCUUAAACAUUGUUUUGCGAGUAGAGAAAGACAGAAGUACAGUGAGUGUGAAUGAAGCUCUUUAUUCAUUGAUUACUAAACGAAUCAAUGAAUUGACCCGCGAUCUCGUCAGAAGACUCACUUUUGCCUCCAGAAGGAGUAAAAAGAAAAACUCCAGCACACAGAACGGCUCGUAUAGAGAAAUAAAGAGCUUCAUGGAUCUGUUUAUCUGGAACAUUCGUCUUUGACAAGCGAUUGUGAAAGACGGGGAAAAGAAAAGAAAACAACAAUAACAAGUGAAAGGACUUUGGAGAGGAACAGCGCGUCCGUGCGCAUUUCUCUGGGACAUUACCCAUACCCAUCCGCAUCCUCAUCCUCAUCCUCAUCCUCAUUAUCAUCUCUCUUGUGUUGAAUAAAAUGAAAGUUUGGACUUUUCUCCAGUGUCUCGCCAUCCUGCUCGUCCUGUGUGUGGGAUCAGACUGCGGGACGGUCCUGAGAAAGACCCGAUCCAAACGCGAGCUGGUGAAGAUCAGAGAAGCCAAAGCGGUCUUCCCGGGGGCUUGUGCCACCCGGCUGCCCCGGGGCAAGCGCUCCCUGCCGGCGCUGGACCGCCGGCUCCCUCGCCAGCGGCGGCGCUCCUCUCCGGCGGAGGAUGCGAGCUCCUCUCGGGGAAAAGCCGUUUAUUUUACGGGCAGAGGGGACCAGCUGAGACUCAAGCCCGGUGUGGAGAUACCAAAGGGCAAUUUCACCCUCCAGAUGUGGGUCAAAGCGGAGGGUGGGCAGCGUUCCCCUACCGUUAUAGCCGGUCUCUUUGACAAAUGCUUCUACGCCUCCAGUGAUCGUGGAUGGCUGUUGGGAAUUAAAGCUGUGAGUGAACAGGGAAACCGUGACCCACGUUUCUUCUUCUCCCUCAAAACAGACCGAGCACACAAAGUUACCUCCAUUCACUCGAACACCCGCUACUUGCCCAACCACUGGGCCCAUGUAGCUGUGACUUACAAUGGGCUUUAUAUGAAGUUAUAUGUCAAUGGUGCUCAGACAGCUGUUAGCAGGGAACAGUCAGGUGACGUCUUCAGCCCCCUUACUAAAAAGUGUAAGGUGCUGAUGGUGGGUGGAAAUGCCUUGAAUCAUAACUACAGAGGCUCCUUGGAGCGUGUCGGUUUGUGGCGACAGGCUCUCUCUCAGAGACAGAUCAUGAGGGACAUGCAUGGACACGAGGACCCUGAGGACCUGGUUGACUUGGUGAUCCGUGAGACAUUUGAACACCCGGCACGCAAAUGGCUGGCUGUGAAGGACGGCAGCUUCCCAAUACCAGAUGAGGGUCCUCGUGCAGGGUUGGGAUCUUUGGACACCACCCUGGAGCCGCCAGCUUGCGGACAGACGGUAUGCGAUAACACAGAAGUGGUGCGCAACUACAAUCAUUUCUGGAGCUUCCGUCGCCCUAAAACGGUAAGAUACCGUGUCGUGAAUGUGUUUGACGACUCUCAGCGCAAACCCACAGUCACAGAUCAACAGAUUCAUCUGCAACAUCAGCAUCUGAAUGAAGCCUUUAGCAUGUACAACAUCACCUGGGAGUUGACUGUGCACAAUGUGAGCAAUUCCUCUUUGUUUAACCGUCUGGUACUUGCCAACUGUGACAUUAGUAAAGUGGGUGAUGAGGAUUGUGACCCUGAAUGCAACCACACCCUGACUGGCUUUGAUGCUGGUUACUGCAAGCCCAGGACGCGAUGUCCUGACCAUAAACAAGGGAAUGGUGUCUGCGAUCCGGAGUGCAACUGUGAGAACUACGGUUAUGAUAGUGGAGAUUGCUGCAACCCUAGCAUCACCGAUGUGACCAAGACUUGCUUCAAUCCAGCUUCUCAUUUAAGGGCCUAUCUGGACGUGAAGGAGCUAAAAGAGAUCCUCAAGCUGGAUGGUUCAACGCAUCUCAGUAUCUUCUUCGCCAAUUCCUCAGAUGAAGACCUGGCUGGAGUCGCUACCUGGCCAUGGGAUAAGGAGGCACUGACACAUCUAGGUGGCAUAGUUCUGAAUCCGUCUUUCUACGGGACAUUUGGCCACACUCAUACCAUGAUCCAUGAGAUCGGUCACAGUCUGGGACUGUACCAUGUGUUCAGGGGUAUUUCGGAGAUCGAGUCCUGCAACGAUGCCUGUUUAGAGACCGAGCCGUCGCUGGAAACGGGAGAUCUGUGUGCCGAUACCAAUCCCACACCCAAAUACAAGCACUGCAGAGACCCUGAGCCUGGCAACGAAACAUGUGGCAACCGCAAUUUUGUUCACACGCCCUUUAAUAAUUACAUGAGUUAUGCAGAUGACGACUGCACCGAUUCCUUUACACUUAACCAAGUGGCUCGCAUGCACUGCUACCUUGACCUCAUCUACCAGACCUGGCAACCUGACUACCGGCCCCCUCCAGUCCCCAUGGCACCCCAAGUGGUAGAACAGGGACAAGAUUCCAUUACUGUGGAGUGGUUUCCACCCAUCUCUGGCCACUUCUAUGACAGAGAAGUGGGAUCAGUAUGUGAUAAAUGCACAGAGGGUCGCGUCCUCCUGCAGUACGCCUCCAAUUCUUCAUCUCCGCGCCCCUGCUCCCCGUCUGGCCACUGGAGCCCCAGAGAAGCAGAGGGACCACCAGAUGUGGAGCAGGCAUGCGAGCCCAGUGUCCGUACAUGGAGUCCGCAUAACGGCAUGGAUCUGGCAAGGGUGCCUCCUCCCUGCCCUCUGCAAGGCUGCAUGUUACAACUGGAGUUUGCAUAUCCGGUGGUCCCUGACUCCCUCACGGUGUGGGUGACCUUCUCCUCCCAGGAGGAAACAGUUCUGCCUGCCAUCCACAAUAUCAUCUUAUUGACUGUCGCUGGCAACAACCUGUCUCUGGGUCCCAGCAAUUUGUUCUGUGACACACCGCUGACCAUAAAGCUGGAUGUGCAUGAGAAGGUGUACGGUGUGCAGUUUUUCACCAUGGAGCAACAUUUGGAAAUUGAUGCUACUCUACUCACGUCCAAACCCGACUGUCCACUCUGUCGAGAAUGUGAGCCGCUGCACUAUCGACUCCUACGGCAGCCGCCGUUUGUUCACGCACCCCAGGGCAUCCUGCUGAGAGACUCGAUGCGAAGAUACGUGGACAGGUAUGUUGAGUAUGGUGAGAUAUACACAUAUCAAGUCCAAACCAUCUCCAGUCAGAGCGAGAGUGAACCAUCACCUCCAUUGACACAUCGCCUUGGAGCGCCAUACUGUGGAGAUGGUCUCAUCCAGAGGUCCCAGGGAGAGGAAUGUGAUGAUAUGAACACUAUGAAUGGAGAUGGCUGCUCGGGCCACUGCAAGAAGGAGCCAUUUUUUAACUGUAUUGAUGAGCCCAGCAUGUGCUACUAUUAUGACGGCGACGGCAUCUGUGAAGACUUUGAGCGGGAGACAAGUGUGAAGGAUUGUGGCCUGUACACGCCGAAUGGUUUUCUGGACCAGUGGGCCACCUCAGUGGAAGUGUCCCAUGAAGAGAGGCUUUACUGCCCAGCCGACGUGGCUGCUGGAUAUCCUGCUAUUACUAAGACGUGCCAGUCCAAAGUGUUUGACCUUUCCGAUGGAGUGUCUCAGUACGCCUGGUUUCCGUGUCGAGAGGCCCAGGGUGUUUCCUGGUAUCCCCAGUACUGGUUAAAGGCGUAUUUCUCACAUCCUAUGGUUGCUGCAGCCGUUAUUAUCCAUUUAGCUGCAGACGGAACCAGCUACAUUGACCAAGCCCAGUGCAACAUCACAGUCCAACUGAUCGACACCAAAGAGGGCGUCCACAGCCUAGGCGACUGGCGUUUGAGCUGCCGCACCAAUCCUCUGGUCAUCCCUGUGAGUCAUGACUUGAGCAUGGCCUUCUACCACACCAAAGCCAUUCUCCUCAUGUUCCGCUCCGAUUUCGUGGCCAUCUCAGGCGUCGGCCUGCGUUCCUUCCAGUUCUUCGACCCGAUCACCAUCAGCGGCUGUCAGAGCAAUGAAAUAUACAACCCCAUGGGCCAGAGCUGUGUUCAUUACUCCUGUGAAGCCAUUGAUUGCCAGGAGCCGCUGAUCCGGAAUGCAGAGGUGCAGUGCAGCGACGGCGGCUACUUCAACGGAGCGCGCUGCACUGUCACGUGCAACAGCGGCUAUGUCCUGCAAAUCCACCGGGAUGAUGACAUCAUCAAGAGCCAGACGGACUCAACCGUGACCAUCACCUGUGCUGAUAGGAAAUGGAACAAGCAAGUUUCGUGUGAGCCGGUUGACUGUGGGCUUCCAGAUAAGUACCAUGUGCACCCUGCCCACUUCGAUUUCCCAGAAGGCACCACCUACGGCAAGAAGAGCACUUUCCAGUGCAAGGAGCCUGCUCAGCUUGUUGGCACUAAUAACACUCUGACCUGUAUGGAGGACGGUCUGUGGUCGUUCCCAGAAGCUUUGUGUGAGCUCCGCUGUCCUGUGCCUCCUCCCGUGCCCAACGCCAUGCUGCAGACCAAACGCUGCAAUGAGACAGGUCUCAAAGUGGGCACCCUCUGCAAAUACAAAUGCAAACCAGGAUACCAUGUGGCCAACAAGCCAAAGAGGAGAGCCUUCAAGCGUCAGUGCACAGAAGACGGCCGCUGGUUAGAGGGCUCGUGUGAGCCGGUCACCUGUCCACCUCCUCCAUCCGUCUUCUAUGGCAUGUACCAGUGCACAGACGACUUCAAGUUCGACAGCACCUGCUGGGUCCACUGCAACAGGGCCAACAACACACUGAGACAACCACCAUGCAAACAGGGGCUCAGCUCCAAUGUAAUCCGCUGCAGAAAGGACGGGAACUGGACUGGAAGCUUCCGCUUAUGCCCUCAGCUGAAAGGUCAAUGCUCUCUACCUCAGAACCUGCAUCCCAGCAUCCGUGUCAGCUGCAAGAAGGGCCACGGCAUAGGAGAGGAGUGCGAGUUGUCAUGCAGAGACAGUAACAAUGAUGUGGUCAUUUUGCCGAGCAACAUGACGGCCAGCAACAUUAUGAGACAUCACUGGAUGAACCCUCCCAAAGUCAAGCACAUAGUCUGCACCAUGGGCCUGAAGUGGUACCCCCAUCCGGAAGUCCUGCACUGCAUAAAAGGAUGUGAGAGGCCCAAGAAGAUUUAUGAAGAUGAAGAUGUAGAGGAACUCUACACUAAACCUUUCAUGGGUGACAAUUACUGUGACGCCAUCAACAACAGAGCCUACUGCAACUACGAUGGAGGUGACUGCUGCCAUUCCACUGUCAAGACUAAGAAGGUGAUUCCGUUCCCCAUGUCUUGUGACAUCCGAAGAGAGUGCGCUUGCCGGGACCCCAACGCCUUGGAGAACCGAAAGGGCGAGCACUUGCACUCACUUGGUUAAAUACGCUCCACCAAGCCGGUGCGCCGACUGGGACGAGAUGAGAUAUUCUUCCCAGAAAUGCUGCUGCUUCACAGUUGUACCUCUUCUCUUAUAGCUGUUCAUAAUUUCCAAAUCCGAGUCUACCUGCUAUCUCUUACAGUACGUUUAGAAAAGGAUCCCAAUGUCAAGACCCCACAAAGGACCAAACUGGUAUGUGUAUGCCAUCUCCAGAUCGCUCACGACCCCUCCAAAUGAAAAAUGAAGAAAAAUGAAAGCAAGGCAUCUCGAGGAAACCAUACUGAUUUGACCAAAGCCAGAAAAAGAAAUGAAACAACUUUCCACCGAAAUGCACUCGCUAAACUGUUUAGACGGCUUGAUUUGUUUUAGUUUGUCUCGAAUGUGGCCUCAGUCAUCCCAGGAAGAUGGCGUGUGGCGUUUCCACCCUCACCUUUGUCUUGUGCCCCAAAACAAGGAUGGUACGGUUGGCUGGAGAGCAAUCACAUGAUCACAGGCUGUUUUUAAAGACUAAUCAGCAGUUAUUUCAGUGUUCCAGAAACAAAUCAAAUCUAUCGAGUAUAAAUGCGCAAUGGGGAACGGUCGCAGGUCCCGUCGCACACUAUUUUCGUUCUGUUAUGAAAUCAUUGUGAUUUGAGGUUUAUUUAA